AUUUCAAUCUGGUGCACCGUCAGUCACUACGCGUCAGGGGUUAAGGUAAACUCUUCGUUGGUAAAAUACGCCUGGCACGCAACGAUUUUGACGCACCGACAUGCACGAGCCGUGCGUUCCGCAGAUGGGCGCCACAGUCAAAAGACGAACGCGCGCGCGCGCGACCAAGAGAACAUCUUUUGCACCCCCGGCUAGUUUAAACAUGGCCGCUCGGGGCAAUGUGUCUUGUGGAGUCGACCUGCACUUUGUUGCGGACCUGCCAGAAGCGAUAAUUUCUGCCGGAAACGCUGGGUACAAAUUUGUGGCAGUGGACAUCAGCCAUCCACGAUCGCGGCAAGAAUUUCUCCGGCCCAAUCCCAAGUCGAUGCCCACACCUUUUGCACGUUCAGACCUUGUAUUACCAUCACAAGAUUGGAGCUCCUUGGUGACCCUGAGGGUUUCCAAAUGGAUUGAUGUGGAUUCGCCUGUUGAAUCCUUCAGGAGAACAUGUGAGAAGGUGCUAUACCAGGAGCUCUGCUUUGCAGCACAUGUGGGUGUGCCAGCCAUUCUUGUGGAUGUGCACAGCAGGCAUUGUGUUAACCUGGCUCGAAUGCUGCACAAUUACAUAAUGGCCUCUACUGCCUACCAGUUGAUGUUCCAGCCUGGCUUGUUAUUCCCAUGGAGGCACCUUCUGUGCAAAGUCAGCGGCACUUGUGCUCCUUGUCCAAAGAGGAUCGUGAGGUGCGACAAUGAUGACAACAACAACCUUGACAGGAUAAGUCAUGACGACGACCCUUGGGAGUGGUGGAAUGUUAUUAGGAGUGUGGCUGGUGCAGAAAAGCGCAUAGGUGUAGCACUUCGGCUGACUGCUGACGUGCCAUCCCCAGAGACGUUACGUCGCUUUGGGGAACCUGUCAGAUGUAUUGUGAUAAGCACCUCAGUCUUCCUGACAAACAGGGGCUUUCCUGUUUUACCCCGAGCUCACCAAGUAGUUAUUCAUCAGUUUUUCAAGCUUGGAAGCCAGCUGAUGGUUGAUGGGAGCUGUCGUCACGAACACAUGAGGCUGUACUAUCAGUACCUUGACCACCUUUACAAUCAUCCUCAUGGUUCUGGGUGCUGGGAGAGGUCCGCUUGUGAGAGCAGCACUGCAUGCUGCUGAGUCAGCUGGCCAGAAGGUUCGGGUCUAUGCAAUUGAAAAGAACCCCAACGCAGUGCUCACGUUACUUACACAAAAGGCUGAGUUAUGGAAGGACCUAGUGACUGUGGUGUCAUGUGAUAUGCGUGAUUUUGAGGCUCCUGAAAAAGCAGACAUUCUUGUCUCUGAGCUGCUGGGUUCCUUUGGAGACAACGAGCUCUCUCCAGAGUGUUUGGAUGGUGCGCAGCGUUUCUUGAAAGAUGAUGGCAUCAGCAUACCUUGCCAGUAUAAGUCAUACCUGGCACCACUUCAGUCUUACAAGCUCUUCACAGAAGUGGCUGCACUAAGGGACAAGGACAAGCAUCCUCUGACUCCCUACGAAGUGCCUUAUGUGGUGCGUCUGCAUAAUGUUACUGAGCUAGCGGAACAUCAGCACUUGUUCACUUUUGUCCAUCCAAACAAAGACAAAACAAUUGACAACAGCCGGUACAAGUUUCUGCGCUUUAAAAUCAAGAAUACCAGUAUCUUGCAUGGUUUUGCAGGAUAUUUUGAUACAGUGCUGUACAAAGAUGUCACCCUGAGCAUCUGUCCAAACUCUCAUUCCCCUGGCAUGUUCAGCUGGUUUCCCAUAUUUUUCCCCAUCAAGGAACCCGUCCGUCUGCACAAGGGUGCUACAGUAGAGGUGCACUUCUGGCGUUGUGUGACUCCACGCAAAGUGUGGUAUGAGUGGCUGGUGUCAGAGCCUGAAGUUGGAACUCUCCACAAUCCAUGUGGUCGCUCAUACACCAUAGGACUUUGACUAAGCAGGCCCUGGUAUGCAAUGUAAAUGUGAAAUGCACAGGCUCAUUUUGUGUUUGUACACUGUUAAGCAACAGUAAAAUGAAAUUUGAAAUGAAAUAAAAAAUUGUAGUGUGUUG